AUGCCUCCCGAGACCGCCUCUCGUGCCCUCGUCCUGCAAGGUCUCCACAGCAAGUUUGCGGAGCUUCUGGCGGAGAUGGAUGCGGAAGCCUCGACGAUGGUCGCGAAUUCCAGCGGUACUGCUCCGGGUUGGCAAUCGCAGAUGCCGGUUGCGGUCCUGCAGGAGCUCAAGUCUCUCUGGUCAAAGAAGGUCAGCAAGCCAGAUCCUCUCAGCCACAGCCUGAGCACUCAUGGGCCCUGGCCGCAGAAGGCCGUCUUUCUCGCCUCCUUGCUGCUCUUCUUCGCGUCCCAAGCCAGCAUGGUGCUGGUGGACGGGACUGCUGGCUGGCGCGCUGGUCAGCACUUCCUGCUCAACUGCAAGGUAGAAUUGAACUCUAUGGGCCGCUUCGUGGCCAUUGCUAUGCCUCCGAGCAUCGGCACAGAUGCGCCGCAGACGAUGGUUACACAGUUGGACCGUGGGCAUUCGGACGGUCUGUGGAAGGUUCUGAAGGCACCAUUGGAUCUGGACGUCCUUGAUGCUCGCCUGCCGUCCCUUCUGGCACAGGCCCUGGCCUGCGUGGCGGCGCUCUUCUCUGCCCUGAUGGCCAUCCUUUUCAGCUCCCCGGGCUUGGCACCCAUGGCGGGGCUCCUGGCUUUGCUGAUGUGGCGCCUGGCCGCAGCCUACAGCCCAGUGGCCGCCGACUGCGCCAGGAUGGUGUCUGUUUUAAACGGCCCCGUGGUCGCCCACUUGCUGGAGUGUUUGGAGGGCCGGGAGUACCUCCGAACCUUCGGCCAGCAAGGGAAAGCGGUGACCCAUGCCCUCUGGGUCUUGGAAGCCAGUGCUCGCGCUCAGAUCCUCAACAUGGGCUUACAGCGCUGGUUUGCCUUGCAGCUGGAGCUCAUCGGCGGUGCUAUGCUGCUCUGCGUCUCUGUGAUGAUCGUCUUGCAGACAGACGCACACCUGGGCAUGUCCGGUCUCUCCCUCACCUAUGCGUUGACAUUGACAGCUCUCGCCAAGUACCUGGUGAACUACAGCACCCGGGCUUCUGCGCAGAUGGCCUCUUGCGCGCCUCUGCGCUCGGAGGCAAGGCAGAUGGCUGACGAAACCUUAGCUGCACCCGGCGCCAGCGGCAAGGAGGCCCCUGAAAGUGGAGCCAGCGGCACUGGCGAUACGGCGUCGCAAAUUAAAGCGACUGCCCUGAACAUGCUGAAGUCGGCACGCAACUGCGCAGAGAACAUCCCGGAAGUUUCCCCGACCAUCGUGAACUACUGGCUCCUGGCGCUUGUGAUCGAAGGGGUCCCCUGCAUCAUCGCCUACUGCCGCUAUGGCUUCGAGGGUGUUGUGGCGACGCUCGCCACGAGCCUCCUCACAGGAGCAGCUGCCUUUGGUGCUGGUCUGCUUGGUGGCCUCAUCGUCUCACGAGUUGAAGGAGCAAAAUAUUUCGAUACUGGGUCGCUCACGCGCUUUCAGACAGGUUCCUGGGUCCUGUUGGGGACGAUUCCCGGCAUGAUGCUCCAGCCGCUCAGCCAACCGUACCUUGCUGCGACUUUCCUGACGAUCGUGAGCGCUGCUCUCCUCACCUUCCUCCUCAUUAUGAAGGAGCUGGCAGCUUGGGCCAUGGGCACGACGUCUGCGGAAGACCAGGGCUUCCGAAACCUGCAAAGGCAUCCCUAG